UCCAGCCCACUUCUCUGUGUCCUUUCUGCCUCGUUGGGUUUGACAGCUGACUCCCUGAUGAUUAUCUUCAUUGUGACGGUAAUAAUUCGAUUCUUUGAGUUGCUGUUUGUGAUCCAGAUACUCUUAUUUGUAACAGCAGCACUAUUGGCAGUGUCACGGUUAUUGUUAUUUUACCUGGUCCUCCAUGAGGGAGCGAGAAGGUUAGUGGACAGACAGGUAGCCGCCAUACUCCAACCAGAUGAAAAGGAUAAUUCAUCAGACGAGACUAUAAUCCUCUUUGUCAGAAACUUUUUGACCAGUGGGGCUAAGCCUUUAGUUAUACAAGCUAAAAGAUCUGAUACUAUUGAAAGUGUCAAACAAAAGAUUGUGGAUAGACUAGACACACAGCAAACAAGUCCCACAGAUCAAAAACAGAUUAUGCUUUUUAAUGGCAGGCAUAAAAUGUUGAUUUAUGAAGAGAAAACACUUUCAAAUUACAAUAUUAAAAAUGAGGAUACAAUUCGUUUAUGUCGUGUGGCUCAUGUCAAGAGAGGUUUCAUGUUAAUUCAUGUAAAAACUCUAACUGGUAAAGAAAUUAAUCUCAUAGCUGAGCCUUUUGUUACUGUUGAGAAGGUUAUGGAAAAGAUACAGGAUAUAGAAGGGAUCCCGCCUGAUCAACAGAGACUCAUAUAUGUUGGUAAGCAGUUAGAAAAUUGUCGUAUCAUUUCUGAUUAUUUUAUUAAGAAUGGAAGUGUACUACAUUUAGUACUUCGUCUUCGAGGUGGCGGCUUGACAAUACUUGUAAAUGUGUUUGGUAUGGGAGUACUUCAUUUUUCAGCUGGAACUCCAGACACUAUUAUGAGUAUUAAAGAGCAGAUAGAAAAAAAAAUUAAAAUCUCACCGUACUACCAAACACUUAUAUUUUCUGGUAUGAAAAUGGAAGAUGACCUUACACUUGCAGAUUACAACAUUCUUCAAAGUGGAUACAUUUUAUACUUGGAACUUUGCCUUGACCUUAACAAGAUUGAUGUUGUAACUCCUGAUGGUGUAUCAUUUACUUAUAGAAUUGAACCUUCCGACACUGUUGAGAAUGUUAAAGCAAAGAUACUGUAUAUUGGUACAAAUGGAGUUCCACGUGAUCAACUAAUGCUCUCAUUUGAUGGUAGAAUAUUGGAAAAUGACAAAACACUCCUAGAUUAUAAUAUUCACAAGGAAAAUCAUUUGUAUUUAAUUUUUCCUUCGCAACCUGAUUGUAACACGAUAAAUGUUGCAACCCCAACUGGUGAAACAAUUACUGUUGUAUAUAAUCCUUCUGAUACUAUCAAGAAUGUUAAAUCAAAGAUACAAGAUAAAGGAGGAAUCUUAUCGUAUCGUCAGGUGCUUACUUUUUAUAAGGAGUUGGAUGAUCUUCAAACAAUUUCAGAGUGCAGAAUUAAAAGAGGGCAUACAAUCUACCUAUCUCUUCUGCCAACUAAGAUUUACUUAAAGUUUCUAGAAGAAUCAUAUGAUUUAUCUCACAUUCAAGAAGACACAACUAUAAAGAGUAUUAAAGAGAAAGCUAGUGCAUUCACCAACAUACCAAUCGAACAGCUAUUGCUUUUUUUAGAUGGUCAUCCAAUAUAUGAUAACUCUAAGCAAAUCAAGGGUUUUUAUAGAUUGCUAUUUGAGUUUGAAGUACAACUUAAUGAACACUCUAUUGCUAGCAUUACUGUUGCACUCACUGUAGGCGUAAGAAGAACUUAUCAAGUGGCCUUGGGAGCUCGAGUAGGAGAUUUGAAAGGGCUAAUCGAAGAAUCAACUGAAAUACCAGUCUCUAAACAAUUGCUUUAUGAUGCAUCUAUUCAGCAUGUUUUAUGGAAUGAAGCACCGUUGUACCAGUAUUAUAUCCGUGGUGUUCAAACAAAUAAUGUCUGCAUUGAUCUUUUUGUUCCAUUGACUGUUCACGUAUCAAUACCUUCAAAAAGCGCUGUUGUUGAAGAGUCUAUACUUUUAGACGAAAGAGUUUUUGACUUAAAGAAGAGGCUUUGUAUUCAACAUGGUUUGAAUUUGUCAUACGUGACAUUAACUUACAACCAAUCGAUAAUGAGUGAUGACAAGUUUCUUGGAGACUAUCAAAUACAUGAUGAUGAUGCAAUGCUGGAGCUAAGUUUAGGUACGACUCUUCCUACCCCUCCUUCUGAUGUAUCUUUUCACCCUCCUGUUGCCAAUCUUUCUCCUGCUGCUGAUCCUCCUCCUCCUCCUCAGCUUCAUUGGAUUAACAGACAUAGUGAUCUUAUGAAAGAUGUUGCUGCUCAAGCUCCUGAUCAAUGGAGGAACAUUGGCACAAUGCUUGAUAUUCAUUUUUCACAAUUGAAUUCUUUCAGAGAUCAGUUUAAUGCUGAUCCAAUGGCCUGCUAUAGUGCUGUUUUUCAAUAUUGGCAAACCAGCAUAAGGAAUCAUCCUUUCACUUGGAAUACUAUUGUGGAGGUACUGGAAUCAGAUGUUGUUCUAAGACGUGAUCUUGCUGCAAAAAUUAGAGAAAAAUACUUGUGAACUGUUUUUUUGCUAA